AUGGCCGGUGUCGCCCCUAUCACUGGCAUGCUCCGCCGCAGCCUGGUCCUUGACCUGAGCACUGCUUUCGGCUUCGGUACCACUUUCGGCUACCUCUGGUGGUACGGAUACCACCUCCCCCGCGUCCGCGCCCGUGACGUCUACUACACCCGUCUCGAGCAGGAGCGCGCCUCCCAGGCCGCUUAG